CCUGAGAUUCUAAGUGACUCUAACAUGGAAAUAAUGGGCAGUUCUUUUGAAUGGAGUCCUUCAAAUGACUCAAAAUUGAUAGUAAUUGUGAAUCCUGUGCGAGGUUAUUUUCUUUGGUGGUCGCUGAAAAACAUGUAUUUGUGACGCAUGAUGAGGAAAAGCGAUUGAAGUAAGCAAGUAAAGAUUUAAUUAACCUGAUUGGUCUUCUGGAUGAAAAGCUGUAUGCAUUUUUAGAGCAGCAUGGUACAGACUAACUGGAAGUUAAAUUUAAAUGUA